AUGGGCCAGUUACGAGAAUGGUGGGUGCGAUGGAAGAUGUUGCGCCUCCCAUGGAGGAAGAAGUUCCUCAUUGGGCAAGAUUUAGCCGGCAAUACCUAUUGGGAAUUCAAAGAUGCUCUCAAGGCCGAACGCUACCGUCGGAUCGUCCGAUACACGAAGAGAACACAUCUCAGCGAUGCGGGAGUCUCGCCUCAAUGGCAUCAAUGGCUGCGACAUACUCGCCCAGAACCACCGUCCAUUCAAGAGCAAAGCGCGGAUCUUACGAGACAAGCUCAGCUCAAGCAUAAUGCUGCCUUAGCGGACGCAAGAUGGGCUGCUAAAGCUCAGUAUAUCGAGCAGCCAAAACCGCGAGCCCAAGAAGCUCCUCAAUCUGAGGAGAUGCCCAAGUCGGAUGGGCAGAAGACAUCCAUCAACCCUGGGUCUGACUACCAGCCAGCUGCCUGGGUGCCAGGUGGACCAGAUAAAUGA